CGGAAAAUACGGUUAUCUCGGUCCAACGCGUCCGCUGUCCCGCUCUAACGCAUGAUCAAAUGUCAAAUUGAUACAAGCACGCUGCCAGACAGCCGCGCUCGGCGUUUAGCGCGUAAACUUUACUAAACCCGGCGAAAAAUGACAACACACCACUUAUACAGAUGACUUUAAAUUAAUAAAUAGUGAAUUUGUAGUUUUAUGUACUAAUUUUGUUAAUUACGGGUAGGUUUGUCUAAAAAGAUGAGUAGCAGUAAUGGAAAUGGCGGUGCAGGCCUGGAAAUUGAGGAUACCACGAAGAUUCCCUCUCUAAACAACUCUUCCAAUCCAUCGUCUAUUGCGGAUUCGUCAUACGAGUUGGCCACCCCAGCCGACCCGAUCAUCGUGGACCCGGGCAUCACGCGCAGCAAGUACGACCCUCUGUACCCCGAGGUGGAGGAGCUGUUCGGCGGCGGCGGCUCGCCCGCGCCCUGCACGCUGGUGUGGAGAGACCUGAGUGUGCAUGUCAAGCAGAAGGAUGGGCGGAUGAAGAGAUUGGUCAACAAUGUUAGUGGCAUCGCAAAACCUGGAUCAUUAGUAGCAUUAAUGGGACCUAGUGGUGCAGGAAAAACUACUUUAAUGUCAGCCUUAGCAAAUCGAGUCCCAGUGGGUACAAUAACAGACGGCGAGAUCUCGAUGAACGGGCGGCCUGUGGGGGACUUCAUGCACCGGGAGAGCGGCUACAUGCACCAGGACGACCUGUUCGUCGACAACCUCACUGUUAUGGAGCACCUCACUAUCAUGGCUCGGCUCCGCAUGGACCGUCGAACCACCACCAUCGCCAGGCGAAGACGAGUGAACCAGCUCCUGAGGCAGCUGGCGCUGUACCCCUCGCGGUACACCCGGAUAGGGGGGCUGGAUGGACGCAAGACCCUGUCAGGGGGGGAGAGGAAACGGCUCGCUUUUGCUACCGAGCUGCUAACAGACCCCGGCCUUCUCUUCUGCGACGAGCCGACCACCGGGCUCGACUCCUUCUCGGCUCAGAAGCUGGUGGCCCUACUCCGAGCCAACGUGGUGCAGGGCAAGACCAUCAUCUGCACCAUCCACCAGCCGUCGUCGGAGCUGAUGGCGCUGUUUGACUCCCUGAUGCUGCUGGCUGAGGGCCGGGUAGCGUACGCUGGGAGCGCGGCUGGCGCUUUGGGAUUCUUUAAAAGCCUUGGCUACCACUGUCCCCUCAUGUACAAUCCUACGGACUACUUCAUCAAGGUCCUGGCCAUGACCCCAGGGUCUGAGUCAGCCUCGCGUCACGCCGUCAAGAGCAUCUGCGACAGGUUCGCCGUCAGUGACGCUGCUAAAGAAUUGGAUAUGGAAAUACAUCUGGAGUUCCACCUCAUUGAGAAUGAGGAUGAGAGGCCAAGGACUACGAGGGAUUUCAAGUCACCAUUCUUCUUCACGAAACUCCUAUGGUUAAUCUAUAGGUAUCUGUUAAUAGUGAUUCGAGAUCCGAGAAUCCAAGUCGUCCGGAUAGUGCAAAAACUGGCGAUAGCCCUCACAGCGGGUCUCUGCUUCAUCGGCACGGUGCGACUCACCCAGGCCGGCAUCCAGGACGUACAGGGGGCUCUCUUCAUCAUCAUAGCGGAGAACACCUUCAGCCCCAUGUACGGGGUGCUCCACAUGUUCCCGGAGGAGUUCCCGCUGUUCACGAGGGAGCUGGGUGCGGGCCUGUAUACUACGCCGAUUUAUUAUAUCGCGAGGAUGACUGCUUUGUUGCCAGGUCUGCUCGUGGAGCCGACGCUGUUCACGCUGGUGGUGUACUGGCUGGCGGGGCUGCGGCUCACGGCGCACGCCUUCGGACUCACCGUGCUGCUCUCCAUCCUCGUGCUCAACGUCGCCAUCGCUUGUGGUGCAUUCUUCUCCUGUGCAUUCGGUUCGAUGCCGGUGGCCAUCGCCUACUUGGUGCCGUUCGACUACGCCCUCAUGAUGACUUCAGGCAUAUUCGUCAGACUCAGCUCCAUACCCAAAUUUAUAUCCUGGAUCCGUCAUCUUUCUUGGCUGAUGUACUCCAACGAAGCCAUGACCAUUCUGCAGUGGGAUGGAAUCGAUGACAUUCCCUGCGCCAACACCACGGAGGUCCGUCCCUGCCUCAGCACGGGGGACGAGGUGCUCGACCGAUACGACUUCGAGAGCUACCGGUUCUGGCCAGAUGUGUUCGCCCUCCUUGGUCUAUAUGCGGCCUUCCACCUCCUUGCGUUACUGGCACUCAGGUUUAGGACCAGGAGAAAAUAGAUGUUAGGAGUGUAUAAAGAUCUGUUUUGUUUGUUGUUUUAUGUAAGUAUCUAUCUGUCUAUGUAACUACUUAUGGAAUGAAAAUUAACUCGAGUUUCUGUUUUUAGUCUAUGAAUACCUAAAUCAGUGUUAAAAGUUACUGAGAAUGAGAACUCGGUUUAAAUCAAUCUUAGCAGGUUCUAGAGUAAAUAUUAUAAGUACAUUCAUUAAUAUUAUGUAAUUUAACUGUAACAGAAUAUUUUUGUAUUAAUAAUGUCUUAUCUAUAAUUAGGUAUUAUAUUUACUCAGUAUUUUUAUUGUUAUUUUCUUGGAAUGGUGUCUAUCGUGUGAUAUAAGUAUACGUACCUAAUAUAGUAUUUAUUUAAUGAAUAAAAUGAUCUUAUAGCAAAACA